CUGUGAGGGAUCCCAGUGUGAGCUGGCAGGGAGACGAGAGGGGAGAACCGCACAAGUCACUGGAGAAGGUUGGAGCUAAAAGUGUUCUGCCGCCAGACUUUCAUCGACGUCCAUCUGUCUGCGUCGCCUGCAGAACACAGAUAAAGCUAAGGUUUACGGUGCGUAAUUACGCACGGCUGAGAGGGAAGACCGGCGCUGUGUUGCUGUGGACAUCGGCGGACAAAGGGAAGGCGAACGAGCUGGAGUCCAACAACUGACUUGAGAGCAGAGCAGAGGAGUGCUGUUGGAGAGGAAACCGGGGAUCUGGAGUCGGAAGUGAUUUGUCUUUUUUUUCUCCUCUUCGGAAAUGUAACUUUGUUUCAGGAUCUGCGGCACAAAAAUAAGCAAGUUUGGGAACCGUGAAGAAGAGAGGCAGAGUGUGUUACUGAGAGGAAUAUUUCCAUAAAACAGCACUCCGAUCUUCAGAGCAUGGGGGAGCAGCCCAUCUUCAGUGCCAGAGCUCAUGUCUUCCAGAUCGACCCGGCCACGAAACGCAACUGGCUGCCGGCCAGUAAACACGCAGUCACCGUGUCCUUUUUCUACGAUGCGACCCGAAAUGUGUACCGCAUCAUCAGUGUGGGCGGGACUAAGGCCAUCAUCAACAGCACCAUCACCCCCAACAUGACCUUCACCAAAACCUCACAGAAGUUUGGGCAGUGGGCCGACAGCCGGGCCAACACUGUGUACGGCCUGGGCUUUUCCACAGAGCAGCAGCUGCAGCAGUUUGCAGAGCAGUUCAAAGAGGUGAAGGAGGCGGCACGACUGGCCAGAGAAAAAUCUCAGGAAAGGUUUGAACUGGCCAACCCCGGGCUCAGCAUCGCAGCUCCCCAGCUCUCCCAGGAGCUGUCGGAGGAACGACACUCGCCUCCGCUGCUGACGGUUAAUGGACCGGCUGAAGAGAAGCUCUUUCGCAGCAGAAGUGCAGAAGUGGAGCUGACGGUGGAGAAGGAGAGGGUCAAGAAGAUGUUGUCCGAGGGGUCUGUGUGUGAGAUAAACCUGGAGGCUGAGCUCUUUACUCUGCAGGACAGUAACGCCAAGCUGGUGGUAGCUCUGCAGGAGGCCAACAGCAGCGUGGAGCAGUGGAAGAAACAGCUGGCCGAGUACCAGGAGGAGACAGACCGCCUCCGAGAACAGGUGACCUUGUGGUGCAUCGCACCGUUCUAGACAGUUUAGUGUCGAUCUGAGAGCAUCGACAAACAAACAAAGACCAAACUGUACGUAAAAAUGUGGACCACUUCUUAGAAUGACAACAAGCUCAAAACGUCAUUACAAGUGCUACACAACAUGAACCAGUUCCUAAUGUAUCAGUACAGUUUCACAGUAUUUUUACAGUCCGUCAAAUCCUUCUGUGACCACGUCAACACUGGAACACUAAAACACAACCUGAUAUAAAGGUCUUCAACAACUUUUAAUGAUCACGUCUACAGGUGGCGAUAAAAGCCACAAAUCAUCCUGCCUUGACCUGAUUAACAUGCGAGCUAGUCGGGGCUACGUAGCCAAAGAUUUAAAAAAAAAAAUCUUCACUUUCAAUUCUGUUCUGAACUGAGGAGCAGGCAGGAGACAAGGAUCAGAUACAGUUUAGUGAUAAACUGAACUGAGUGUAACCACAGGAAACACAGAUGAAAGGAAACACACGAGAGUUGG